CCAUGCCCUUUGGAUGUGUAACAAAAAUGCCUCUUGGACUGAACCUGAUCUUUUUGACAAUAUUCUACUUUGAGUCUUCAAAUGGAUGUGAACCGGACGAGGAUUGUUUUCCAGAAUUUCGCUUUGCUCAUUGCCUGACCAACAAUUCCAAUUAUCGUGGACCUACUUUGUUUGAGGAGCAACAUUCGUCCAUGGCCACAUGCCAUGAAAUGUGCCAGAAAGAGCCUGAUUGUGAUCAUGCCGCUUAUUUACCACAAUUUUUAAACAGCUGUAUUGGACGAAACAACAAGACCCAAACUAAUUCUGGAAUUUCCCUGAAUACAUACAUAAUUCCAAAGGUUUGUGUUCCAGGCUGUUCCAUGGACGGCGUAGAUUUCCCGUUUAACGAUCUUGAUUAUCCCAUUCAAAACGUGGCAAAUCAUCUCGAGUGCCAAAAAUAUUGCCAAGAAGCACCGGAUUGUGUUGGAAGUACUUGGAUUCGACCAUGGAAUUGGUUUGGGUCAAACCAAUGUUUUAUGAAAACCUCAAUGCUUUUGAAAGACCUGACACACCAACUUGGCGCAGUGUUCAUGCCAAAGUAUUGUUUGCAAGAUCAUAGAUUGCAUCAGGAUGUGUUCCUCUUUCAAAAUUCGAGAUACAAGUUUAUUUCUCGAGCGAGUACUUACAAUGAUGCCAUGGAAAUCUGCAAAACUUUUGAUGGAGCAUUGGUGUCUUUGGAAACCAAAGAGGAGUAUUUUUUCAUUCGUUCAGCCGUUUUCCAACUCGCUGUUUUUAAUUCCUCUACUUUUUCCGGAAAUUACUGGAUAGGUUUGACUCGGAACAUGUCCCAAUGGAUUUGGGCCUCAGGCUUACCCGAUGAUGAAGCUGAUUUCGACGUUUGGUGCCUUAGUGUUUUCAGCAUCGAAGGUGAAAAUUCGAUACUAAAUGCCGAAGAUUCUUGUGUGAUCCCCAAGAUUGGCUCGGACCGUGUAGAAAAUCUUAUCUGUGAAUUUCAAGGAUGUCUGGAGCAAGAUCUUCCUCUUGAUCCUCAUUCCAAACAAGAAAUUGACCGACAGAAUUCCGGCGCAAGGUAAAUAGGUGACCACCUAGAAAGAACGAGAUGGAGUAGUAUUCAUGAUGUGAGAAGAGCAGAAAUAAAGGCAAUGAGGACAUGUUUUGGCGAUUUCAUAGGAAUUACUCUGCCAAUACACAAUUUCGUGGGCCCUUCUCUUCGUCGUCUCCACACCUUGAGACUUGAGAGGAGUUUUUGAAAAUCUUUUUUAAUUGAGCCACAUAUCCGGAUUCAGCCGACUUCACCAAAUUGGAAAGUAUUGCUGACUUGAGUUCUGAAUAGGACUGAUCAUCCUUGGAAAUCCGAAUGAUCUCUUUCAACAUCAAGUCUGGGUGAUCCAAUCAAAAGGAGACAAUGAUAUAAUUGACUGGAUUCUCCAAGUCAUCGGGUCCUGUGUCUUGAAAAUCUGGAUGACGGGUUUGUGGUCAGUAACCGCACGAAAAUUGACGCCAGCCAAAUAAAGGUGACCCUUUCGCAUGGCCUAGUCAAAAGUCAUGUUCAUCGGCCCAGGAAUGGGCAACGACGGGGGCUUCAGCUUCUCGAGAUAUGUUCAAUUUCGUCUCCCGGGUCUUUAAUUUCGUCUCCAAAUAUAAUGGCUCAUCCCCCUUGAUGAAGGAUUCAAUCGCAUCCAAAAUUGCCUGUUCGGCAGGUGUUGUAAGGCCUCUAUGACAUUUACGGGACAGGAUGACUUCAAAUUCAAAAUUUCUUUGCGGCUAGCCAUAUUCAAAUUGGCGAUACAAUGAGCUAGUAACAUUGAAAAUUUUACUCAUGCAAUGAAUGACGAAUGGGUGCCGCGCUGUAAUAAUUGAAGAUUCAAAUAUACUUGAAGAAAUACAAAUAUGUAUAACAUAAGCCAAUAUAAAGUUGAAGAGCGAAAAGAUGGCGAAAUGACGAGAUCAACUUAUCUUGAAGGUUCAAACCACAAAUCCAAAUCUGAUCCAAAUUUAAGAAGCAAAGAUAUCACUAAGUCUAACAAUGAAGAUCCAACUAAUGGGGCAAAUAUGGAACUGUGGGAUACUUGCACAGGAUAUGUUGCUCCUGCUCUGGUCCCGUGCAGAGAAGUUACAUAGCUAUGUAAUAAGUUUGGUUGGGGUCAUUUCUUCUUUUCUCUUAUUCAUGUGAAUAAACCUGUUCCUCAAACA